AUGUCUCCAUUGCCUGAGCUGCCCGGCAAGCCAGUCCCCCCCAAAUCUGGUCAAGAACAAUGGCUUCGGCGUACGGUGGCUCGUCUCUGCCAGCUCGAGAACGAACGUUUUCCUGGUAGUCAGCCUAUCAGCUUUGGCACGCGAGAUCUGGAGAAACUGGACUCGAAGGACUAUUGGGUAUGCGAGAAGUCGGAUGGCAUUCGCGUGCUCCUUUUCGUCCAGACGGAUCACCAGGAGCAGACGGUCUAUAUCAUUGACCGCCACAAUAGCUAUCGACAGGUAAUUGGCCUUUAUUUCCCUCAUCAUGAAAAUCCCAGGAUGCCGCUGCGCAAUACUAUUGUCGAUGGUGAGCUUGUCGUUGAUGUCGAUCCUCGUACUCGCCAGGAAACACUGCGCUACCUCGCGUUCGACUGUCUGGUGAUUGACGACCAAAAUGUCAUGUCAAGAUCUCUGGACAAGCGCUAUGGGAGGCUGCAAGCAUGGUUCUAUGCUCCUUAUGCUAAGAUGAUGAAAGAAUUCCCCCAGAUGGCGCAAGAACAACCAUUUGACAUCAAGAUCAAAGAUGUCAAGUUGUCCUACCACGUUGAUGACGUCUUCAACAUCGAUUUGCCUGCGCUGCAACAUGGCACAGACGGCUUGAUAUAUACGUGCGCUGAAACGCCUUAUAUUCCUGGCACAGAUCAGAACAUAUUGAAGUGGAAACCUCCAUCGGAGAAUUCUAUAGACUUCAAGCUGGUGCUGCGCUUCCCGCCCAAGUCCAAUAAGUCCUCCGAGCCCGAUUUGUUUGCGAAACCUGUCUUCGAGUUGCAUGUCUACUGUGGCGAUGACCGGGGUCAGCAGCGGUAUGAAUUUUACGAUGUCAUGCAUGUCGAGGAUGAUGAAUGGGAAAGCAUGAAAGCCUCUGGAGAGCAACUCGACGAUCGUAUCGUGGAGGUGCAUUGGGAUCCCAAGCAUGAGUACUGGCGGAUGAUGCGUUUCAGGGACGAUAAGCCCGCAGGCAACUUCAAGGCUGUCGUAGAAAAGAUCACCGAAAGUAUUUCAGACGGUGUCGAGAAAGAGACGCUGUUCGCCCGAUCUGCCUCCAUACGCAAUGCAUGGAAAGCCCGGCACGGUUCUGCGGCUGCCCCGCCACAACAAGUACCCCGCCCGCAGCCGCGUCCUCCUCAGGCCCAGCCCUUACCGCCGCGGCUCCACGUCAUACCAGCCAAGCUCCAGGCCGCACCGCCUUUCCUGCAAGGCGUGCCGGAUGUAGCACCUCGCUAUGGACCCCUUGCCACCUCGCGCUGGAGCAAAGUGACCGGUCCUGAGAUGGUUUCUGGCAUGUACAGAUGAACAGAUGAAGAUGAACGAGCUGAGGUCUCGUCGGUUGGGGCAUGCGGCAUUGCGACCGGCGCUUUGGAGCUCGCAGCGUCUCGUGCGAGCAUCAAAAGACGAAUAGGGGCGACCUCGCUCCAGGUCUAGGACAGUGCUCGGGAGUGAAGAUGACGAUUGGGGCUAGCGGUGCACGACGCAGCAUUCAUAUCCUAAUCUGCAACACAGUGCGCUCGGCCUCGCAUUAUCACCGUCCGGGCCAUAACGCCGACCCCCGCUGCAGUCUUGGGUGCAUAGAAGGACGCGCGCUCCCCGCGGCUUCCCAUUCACACACCGGAUCGAUGUGGGCACAAGAAGUUGGCAGUCAUUGGUUUCGAGGCGGCGUCUUGCCCGGUCAUGGCGAAACGGAACUCCUGGAUGACCAUUCAGCGAACUGCUCAUCUUUC